AUGGUUCUCCUCGUCUUCCUGCUGGCCGGCCUUGCCCACGGCGCGGCUCUCACGCCCCGACAGGGCGCGGCCACGCAGGUCGUGCGCCUCAGCUCGGUCGAGAACCUGGCCGUGCGCUCGAACGGACAGAUCCUGGCCACCAACAUGAACGCGGCGACGCUCUACGCCAUCGACCCGGUCGCCAAGACGUCGACCACCGCGCUCACGGUGACGGGCGCGUCCGGCCUCUCGGGCAUCGGCGAGUACGCGCCGGACGUGUUCGCCGUCAUCGGCGGCGGCAAGGCCGUCUACAAGGUCGACUUCACGACGACGCCGCCCAGGUCGUCGCUCAUCAAGACCAUCGCCGAGGCCAGCAACCUCAACGGGCUGGCCGUGUUCGACAACUCGUCCGUGCUGGUCGCCGACGCGGGCAAGGGCGUCGUGUACAAGCUGGACGUGACGACGGGGGCGUACGCGGUCGCGCUGCAGGACCCGACCAUGGCGCCGUCGGGCGGCAUCCCCUUCGGCAUCGACGGGAUCAAGUACCGCGCCGGCACGCUGUGGUACACCAACAUCUUCAAGAACAGCUUCUACAAGGUCGCCGUCGACCCGGCCACGGCGAAGCCGACCGGGUCGCCGCCCACGGCGCUGUGGACGAACCUGAUGGGCGACGACCUGUGCUUCGGCCCCAGCGGCAAGAUCUACGUCGCCACCAACAGCAGGAACUCGCUCGUCGAGGUCGACCCAGCCGUCGGCAAGCCGAGCAGCGUAGGAACCGUGACUGGGUCGACCUCGUGCGCGUUCGGCAGGACGGAGAAAGAUGCCGACGUCGUGUACGUCGGCGGGUCGCAGGGCGUGUUUGCCAUCACGGUCAAGGUGUAG